AGCUGGAUAAUUGGUAUUGGGGAUGAAUUAUAAUUUGAUGGGUCAACGAACUACCCAUAAUUGCAUUUUAUGUCAUUAAUAGGAGUGCAUUUCGUGGAAGCAUACGAAUGUUUAUUAAAAUUGAGGGAAUUAACAAGUAAUUAUUGUUGAUGUUAGGCAUCAUAUAUAGUAGUUCAAGUUUAAGGUUUAGUCAGAAGUCACCACAUUAUCCUCCUGCUUAUAUAAUUUUUGUGUUAAUCAAGCUGAUUUCAGGUGCUGUACUAAGAUCCAAUGGCCGAGCUUGGAAUUUGUAUUGCUGAAAAGCUCAUUGAAGUCAUUGGAUCUGCUGUUAUCAAAGAGAUUUGUGACAUUUGGGGUUACGAAUCUCAACUCGAAAGCCUCAAAGAAACGGUCUCCACCAUCCAGAGAGUGCUUCUUGAUGCUGAGGCCAAGCGAGAGCUCUCGAAAGAGGAACAAGCCUAUGUCAAGAAGCUCAAAGAUGCUGUUUAUGAUGCUGACGAUUUGUUCGAUGAGUUCCUUACGCUUGCGGAGCUUAAGCAACUUCAACCCAUGAACAAGCGAGGGAAGUUCUUUGGUAAGGUACGUUGUUUCUUCUCUUCUAACAACCAAGUUGGUGUAGCAUAUAAAAUGUCUCGACAAGUUAAAGACAUUAGGAAGAAGUUGGAUGCUAUUGCCGAUGAUCAUAGGAAAUUCGGGCUUAGUGUUGAUUAUAAACCUAUAGUUAGGAGAAGGGAGGAAACAUGUUCUUAUGUGGAUGUAAAGGAAAUUAUUGGGAGGGAAAAUGAAAAGAAGGUCAUUGUUGAUAUGUUACUUGAUCCUAAUGUUAAUGAUGUUAUGUUUUAUACUAUAGUUGGUGUCGGGGGAUUGGGAAAAACUGCUCUUGCUCAACUUGUGUAUCACGAUGAAAAGAUUAAAAGUGAGUUUCCUUCGAGAUUUUGGGUUUGUGUUGCGGAUCAAGAUGGAGAGGAGUUUGAUGUAAAAUCAAUUGUUCGUCAUAUUUUAGAAAAUGCUACUGGCAAAAAAUAUAGAGACGCCACCUUUGAAGUGAUGCAAAUGCAAUUAGGAAAGAAAUUGAGUGGAGAAAAAUACUUGCUCGUUCUUGAUGAUGUAUGGAACGAGAACCUUGAUAAGUGGCUUGAUUUACGAAAAUUCUUGACCUUAGGUCAAGGAAGUAGAAUUGUGGUAACCACACGUUCACUUAGAACAGCAUCAAUUGUCUCAAACGAGCACAUCUUUCACUUAGGUGGUUUGGACCCUGAGAGUUCAUGGCGUUUGUUUGAGUUGACGGCAAUUAGCAAAGGGUGCGAAGUAGUAGACUAUGAUGAAAUAGUUGAGAUAGGGAGGAGGAUUGUUAAAAAAUGUUACAGUGUUCCUCUUGCCUUAAAGGUGGUAGGGAGUUUACUAUUUGGGCAAGACAUAUGUAAAUGGAGGUCAUUGGAAGAGAAUGGAUUACCUGAAAUUGGUAAUGGUGAUAAUAAGAUUAUGUCCAUAUUAAAGCUUAGUUACCACAAUCUAGGGUCAUCUUUAAAAAAUUGUUUCACCUAUUGUGCCCUUUUUCCCAAAGAUACUUUGAUUAGAAAAGAUAUGUUGAUUAGCCUUUGGAUGGCACAAGGUUUUAUCGUGCCAUUUGAUAAACGUCAAAGCUUAGAAGACGCUGCUAACGAGUAUUUUUUGAUUCUGUUGAGGAGGUGUUUUUUUCAAGAUGUAAAAAAGAAUGCAUGCGGUGAUAUCACGUCUGUUAAAAUCCAUGACCUGAUGCACGAUGUUGCUCAAGAGGUAGGGAGGGGAGAAAUAUGUACGAUGAGUUCUAUUACUAAGAACUUUAUAGAUAAAAUUCGUCAUGUGAAAUAUGUUGGUGAUAUGUGUCUAGAAAACUCCUUUGUUAAGGGUAAGAGUCGUUCACUUUUUUGUGAGAAAACUAUAGUUGACAAACAAAUAGUCAAUAGUUUCAUGUGCUUGAGGGUAUUGGAUUUAUCAUCUUCGAAAUUUGGUGAUACUAAUUUGCUUGAUUCAAUUGGAAAGCUACUACAUUUAAGGUAUCUAAACUUAGCAUGCAAUAUUGAAAUAGAGGUAUUACCUGAUUCAAUUACUAACCUACAUAACCUACAAACAUUAAUUUUAUAUAACUGUUGUAAUUUGAGGGAGCUUCCCAAAGAUUUUAGUAAACUAGUAAGCCUUAGGCACUUGGAUUUAAACAAUUGUUGUAGCUUGAUUCGAAUGCCUUUAGGGAUAGAUAAGCUGACUAAUAUGAGAGUAUUACCGUUCUUUGUUGUGGGUAAGGUCGAGAGAUCAGAUUCUGUUGAGCAACACUGUGAUGGGGAACUUCGAGAUCUAAAACACCUCACGAAUGUAGGAGGCGACAUUCAUAUUCAGAUAAAUAAGAAUUAUGUUGAAGUGGAAGGGAUGAACGAUAGGGAAGACGGGUACUUGAAAAAUAUGAAGCAUGUCAUGGAAAUUGAGAUCGAGUUUGUGGGCGAAUGUAUUAAUCCCGAAUCUGUAAUUGAAAAGUUGGAGCCACAUCCGAAGCUUAGAAGAUUUGUUUUGUCGUGCUACAAGGGUAAGACUAUUUUUAGGUGGGGAAAAGUAGGACAUGACUGGGCAGCGUCUUUCAAAAAUCUCAUCUCAAUUGAGCUCAGAUAUUGUACAAACUUAGUACAGAUGCCUGUAUUAAGUAAACUGCCUCAAUUGAAAUCAUUGCUACUCGAAAAGCUGAAAAAUUUAGAGUAUAUGGAGUAUGUAAGCAACAAGUUUAUUAGCAACGACGAAAAGGUGGCAAAAUUAACAUUUUUUCCCUCCCUCGAAUCUCUUGUCCUUGAAAAUCUUGAUUGUUUGAAAGGAUGGUGGAGAUUUGAUGACGAUGAUGAUGUUGAUAAUUAUCGUCAUAUGUUCUUCAAGAAGAUGAAAUUUCCUUGUCUUGUUCACUUAAAAAUUAGGUGUUGUGAUAGUUUGAGGUCAUUUCCUUCUUGUCCAAGACUAGAAGAUUUAGAGUUGCGUGGAAAUCAUAAAGAGUUGCAAAUAAUAGAGAAUAUAAGGGGUAUGGAGGAUGACAACAUUAAUUUAAGAGUGGUUGAUAUAGAUACCAGCCUUUGUGGCCUAAAAUCAAUAUGCUCACGAUAUCUUACCACCCUUAGCAUAAGACUCAAAUUUGUCGAAAAUUCUUUACAAGUUAAGGAGGUGUUCCGAAUCUAUUCCUCCUCGCUACGAAGCCUUACAAUCUAUGAUUGUGUGGGUGUAAGGAGACUUUCUAGGAUCGGAUUAGAACACCUCACUAAUUUAGAAUCGCUGGAAAUUUCCAACUUGUUUAAUUACUCUGGAGACAAAAUCGAAGAUGAUACCAAUGACGAUGACAACAUCAUGCCUUGGAAAUCCCUUCAUCGCAACCUUCGUUCCCUUAAGUUUUGCCACAUACAGUCUAUGACGAGUUUGCCAAGGGGGAUGCAGUACUUGACUUCCCUCCAACGGCUUGAACUUAACUGUUGUUUUAAUGUACAAGCCUUGCCGGAAUGGAUAAGCUGCUUAUCAUCGCUUAAAUGCCUAACCUUAAUGAUCUGUUUUUCCCUCGAAUCGUUUCCUGAAUCAAUGCCGAAGCUCACCUCCCUCCAGAAACUUGUGAUAAAUUGUUGUCCUCAGCUAGAACAAAAAUGCAGAAAACCCAACGGGAAGGACUUUCCCAGAAUUCAACAUGUCCCCUACAUUGAUAUAUGGGAUUAAUGGUGGCCAUUGAUUGAUUAUUUGUUAUUCCUCGAUCGCAAUAACAAACAUGUAUUCGGGUUCGUAUCAUGCUCAUUGGACUCGCUUCUUUCAGAAUCAGAAUCUUGCUGGUGGAUACCUCAAUCCUCAAGCCACAUUUCGUGAAAUUUUGAGCAAUUGCUGCCGAUACCAAGUAGGGAUUCAAGAUCUUGAAGCAUUAAUUUGAAAGCGAUGCAAAGAAAGGAAUGAACAACGAAAAAAAUGCUUACUAGCUGUUACAAGUAAACGAAACCGGAAAUGAUUUGCUAUCCACAGCAAGCAGCCAGAGAUUUCAUCCUGUCAAAUUGACUUUAGCAACAAUAUUGAAGAUGUUGUAAAAUUUGAAUACUAAUUCUACUACUUUAUCCUUACAAAUUUGCUACAAAUUAAAAAUACGGGAGGAGUAUUUUGAACAGAACAUCACUGAACAAAGUUGGUUCAUGAGAUUGAUGCUAGGCGCCAAUAAACAUGAACAAAAAAACAGCUUCUUACAGAAUUAUAAUGUGAACAUAAAAACGCAAUCGUGAAAUGAUGAAUCCUUCAAAACUAAAUAGAACCAUGGGUGAUCUAGAAAGUCAUAUCGAGGUUUUUCGUGCCCAACACUUCAUAUAGGUGCUGUUUCUGUAUUCAACACCAGCACCAGCACCAGCACGACAUCGAUAGCUAAUAAAAGUACCAAUAACUUGAAUUUCAUAAUUGCACAAUAACUACUUUAAAAUACAAUUGUAUUUGAUUCCAAAUUUGAUUCAUAAACAGUAACAAAUAAUACAAAUGAAGCAAGUUUACACAUUUUGAGUGGGAGCCAACAUCAAAAGACCAAAGAUAAAGCACGUAAGAACGAAUAAUGUGGACCUGCCCAUAUUCGAGCAUCAGCGGGGUCAAAAGGCUCUUUUAAGGUCUCCAAAUGACCCCGCUUGAUGUGCAUUGGCCUCUGUUUUACAAGUAUUUUGAAAAACCUUCUAGCAAUCUACGUACAAGUAUGUCCAAACAAACACAAGUAGUACACAUUUGGUUAUUGAUCACUAUUUCUUACAGAAAGAAGUGGAACUGAUCAAGAAAACAUUGCAGUCUUAGAGCCAGCAGAAAAUAGCACAUCUGAUAACAGCCUAGUCAAUGUAGUAUAUUUUGGAAGCUUGGCUUGUUGGCCGCAGAAUCGUAUGCUGCAAUAACAGUCUUAAUAAAGCCUUCUAGUAGUGCACUACAGUAGCAAAGUUUUCUAUGCACCAAAACCUUGAUGGAAGAAAAGCCUCAGUUGCAUUGUCGUACUCUGUCUCAUGCGGAGCUAAUCUGUAGCUCUUGGUGUUUUGACAAUUAAUAAGAUAUAAACGGGUGGUGAUUACCUGAUUAGACAAUGCGUGGUGGAACACUUGAAUAAUGAAAAAUAAAAAACAAAUCAGUAAGGGAAUGAAUAUGGAAGCUAAGG